AUGGCAAAUCCCAGAGCUAGGGUCUUCGCUGCGGCCUUGCGCAGAGCACUGAAUGAACCUGACAAGUUGGAAGCCAGUCGUAGUCAUUUCCCCAAUGCUCCGACAACUUUGACAGGGACAAAUGAACAGUGCAAUGUCUUCAACUUUCAGGUCGCAGAGGACAUGCAGCACGGUACCCAUGCCGGGUCACCUAACAAGACGGUGCUUGUGGGAAAAAACCUUUCUUGCAACGUCUUCAACAUUCAGUGCAAAGCGGGCACAGAGCGCGGCUCGGCUGUUGAGUCAACACAUAAGACGAUCCUUGUAGGACAAAACCGAUCUUGCAAUGUGUUCAACCUUGGUGUGGGCUUCACUCUGAGUGAGCUUUUGCAGCCAGCGAAGCCUGAUUGUGACUCGCCGCCACCUUCCCAGAAUAUCCGGAAGCGUCCUCCUCCACCUGCCUCUGAUACGCCAGCUGCGAGCAGGCCUCGUUCAAGCCGCUCAAGAUCGCCUUCGAAUGCCUCUGAAGCACCAGCAGCUUCAGAGCUGACAUGGCGUUUGGACGGUGAGAACUCUGGUCCUCGCGAAGUGGAUUUGGAGAGCAUGAUGAGCGAAGCGCCAGAUGCAGAUGACCAAGAAACUUCAAAAUCCAAUGCGCCCUGGGGGCCCUGGAUGAGCGAAGAUGACCAGUCAUGA